AUAGCGAUGUAAGCAGACGAUUAGCAGCCAUAAUCUCGAUUUGGUACAGUUCUAACAACAUAAGCAGACGAAUAACAAUAUUUUACUAGAUAUUAUUUUCUUAGUUAGAUAAUGGAAGAAAAUAAGAAAGUAGACAUACCGAAAUUGAAUCAUUCGUUUCAAAUAGAUCCAUAUUUAAAGUUUUAUGAGAAAGAAAUUAAAAGGAGAUAUGGCAUAUUUAAAAAUAUUCUGAAAACAAUGGAUGAAAUGGAGGGUGGUAUAGAAAAAUUUGGGGAUAGUUACAAUACAUGUGGACUUCAUGUAACUAAAGAAAAUGGAAUAAGAGGAAUAGAAUGGGCUCCAGGAGCUAAAGGGGUAUUUCUCAGAGGAGACUUUAAUGAUUGGGAUCGUACUUCUCACCCAUACAAAAAUAUAGGAUAUGGUAAAUGGGAAAUAAAUAUACCACCAAAAAGUGAUGGAAGUUGUCCAAUUCCACAUGGAAGUGUUAUAAAAUUGGUUAUUUUGACUCAAAAUGAUGAAUAUGUAGAUAGAUUGAGUCCUUGGGCUACAUAUGUUACUUGUCCAAGAGAGAGUAUUGUUUAUCAUCAAAUAUUUUGGAAUCCUGAAGAGAAAGAAAAGUAUUAUUUUAAACAUACAAGACCAGAAAGACCUAGUGGUUUGAGAAUAUAUGAAUGCCAUGUAGGAAUAGCUUCAGAGGAACAAAAAAUAGCAAGUUAUGAUAAUUUCAGGAUAAACGUUAUCCCUCGAAUAGCUAAACAANGUUAUAAUGCUAUUCAACUAAUGGCUAUCAUGGAACAUGCUUACUAUGGAUCAUUUGGUUACCAGGUUACAAACUUCUUUGCUGCUUCCAGUCGCUAUGGAACUCCUGAUGAACUCAAACAUUUAAUUGAUGUAGCACAUUCCCAUGGCAUAUUUGUAUUACUUGAUGUUGUUCAUAGUCAUGCAAGUAAAAAUGUAUAUGAUGGACUCAAUGAAUUUGAUGGCACAAAAGGUUGUUUCUUUCAUGAUGGUCCACGUGGUGAACAUACUCUUUGGGACAGCCGACUCUUUGACUACACACAAUGGGAAGUAUUGAGAUUUUUAAUUUCUAAUUUAUCUUGGUGGUAUAAAGAAUAUCAUUUUGAUGGAUUUCGAUUUGAUGGUGUAACUUCAAUGUUGUAUCAUUCCCAUGGGCUGGGCCAUGCGUUUAGUGGUGAUUAUAAUGAAUAUUUUGGUUUAAAUACUGAUACAGAGAGUUUAGUUUAUCUUAUGCUUGGAAAUCAUCUAUUACAUCAACUAUCACCAAAUAUGGUUACUAUUGCUGAGGAUGUAUCAGGAAUGCCAGCUUUAUGUAGACCUGUUGAUGAAGGAGGUACAGGAUUUGAUUAUAGACUUGCUAUGGCUAUUCCAGAUAAAUGGAUUCAGUUAUUAAAAGAAAAGAGAGAUGAUGACUGGAAUAUUGGUGACAUUGUUUUUACAUUAUCAAAUCGUAGAUGGAUGGAGAAAACAAUAGCAUAUGCUGAGUCUCAUGAUCAGGCAUUAGUUGGUGAUAAAACAAUAGCAUUUUGGCUGAUGGAUAAAGAAAUGUACACAGAAAUGACAGUGAUGAAACCAUUGUCUCCAAUUGUUGAUAGAGGGAUUGCUCUACACAAAAUGAUUAGACUUAUUACCCAUGGUUUGGGAGGAGAAGGAUGGCUAAAUUUUAUUGGUAAUGAAUUUGGUCAUCCUGAGUGGUUAGAUUUUCCAAGAGAAGGAAACAAUGAAAGUUAUUAUUAUGCAAGACGCCAAUGGAAUUUGGCUGAUGAUGAUUUAUUAAGAUAUAAACAUUUAAAUAAUUUUGAUCGAGCUUUAAAUUUGACUGAAGAAAAAUAUAAAUGGCUUUCUGCAGACCCAGGUUAUGUUAGUUGGAAACAUGAAGAUGAUAAGGUUGUUGUAUUUGAAAGAGCAGGAGUAAUAUUUGCUCUUAAUUUUCAUCCAUCAAAAAGUUUUCCUGAUUAUAAGAUUGGUGUCGAAGAACCAGGAAAAUAUAAAGUAGUACUUGAUUCAGAUGCCGAAGAAUUUGGAGGACACAAACGACUGAAUCCAGGAUCGGAACAUUUCACAUUCCCCGAACCUUAUGCUGGUAGAAGAAAUUCUAUGAUGGUUUAUAUACCCAGUAGAGUUGGUUUAAUUUUUGCCAGAUUUUAACAAGCUGAAAUAAUAUACAAUUUGUUAUAAAGAGCCAAGAAAAAUUUCUUACCAUAGAUAAAUGUUAGAUAUAUAAGUUGAUAAUUAUGCUUUCUACUAAUUUAGAAUUUAUAGAGCACAAUUUUAAAUUUUUAUAGACUUUAUUUUGGCUGCAAAUUUU